GAGCUUGGCGGCCGGAGCGGCGGCGGCGGCCGAGUGGCGGGAUGGCGGGCGCCGUGAGCGAGGCGCGCUUCGCGGGGCUGUCGCUGAUGCAGCUGCACGAGCUGCUGGAGGACGAUGCCCAGCUCGGCGACAUGGUGCGGGGGAUGGAGGAGACGCAGACUGUUCAGCAUAACAAAGAGAUGACACUGGCUAGCAACCGGAGCCUGGCAGAGGGAAACCUUUUGUACCAGCCCCAACUGGAUGCUCAGAAGGCGCGCCUGACCCAAAAAUACCAGGAACUCCAGGUUCUCUUUGAGGCCUAUCAGAUAAAGAAGACCAAACUAGAUAAACAAUCUAACAGCGCUUCCUUGGAGACGCUGUUAGCGCUUCUUCAAGCAGAAGGGGCCAAGAUUGAGGAAGACACUGAGAACAUGGCAGAGAAGUUUCUGGAUGGAGAGCUUCCUCUAGAUGCCUUUAUUGAUGUCUACCAGAGCAAGCGGAAGCUGGCACACAUACGACGUGUCAAAGUGGAGAAGCUCCAGGAGCUGGUGCUGAAGGGACAGAGACUCCCACAAGCCGGGGUCCCACUUCCACCCCGGGUGCCCGAGCCAUCACCUGCCACCGCCCUUCCCUACCCACCUCUGGAGGCCACUGGGCUCCCUUCUGUUGUGCCUCGGCGCAUCCCCCCACCUCCACCCCCGGUGCCUGCAGGACACGUAGCCACCCCGUUCACUGCUGCCAUGGGCUCAGGACAGGCUUCUGCGUACCCAGGAUUACAGUGCCCACCUCUGCCUCCCAGAGUGGGCCUCCCCUCUCAGCAAGGAUUCUCCACACAGUUGGUGUCACCGUACCCACCAGCCCUGCCCCAGAGACCCCCUCCACGGAUGGCUCCUCACCAGCCAGGCUUCAUCCUGCAGUGAGCUCAGGGGCCUACUCUUCCUUCAAGACAUCCUCUGCCUGCCGUGCCGAGCUCUGCACACACAGGCUGUGAGGUUCAGCUUCUGGGCCAAGGGCUUGGAUGCCCUGGGCCAGUGUGUCCGUCUGACUUUAGAACUGUAGGUCCGUGGUAAGUAAGUAAUAGAGAGCCGGUUUUGUGCACCAAGGGAGCUCUGUUUGUACCAGGCCAGUCAGCAUCACAUCGGUCUGUGUUCUGGGUGUGAUUUCUGAGUGUCUAGUGUUGUUGAUGGACUCGUGCAUUUGGAAAGAUAAACCUCCCCCCUCCAAUUUAGAAUCAUGGCCCUCCUGUUGCAGCUUUAUUUAAUAAGCAUGAUUAAUUAUGUCUGUUUUAUUUUCAAGUCUUGGCCCACCAGCUGCUGUGGCACUAGUAAAGGCUGGUCUACAGCGGCCAGCCGGAGCGUGUGCCGGUGCCCAGGCCAUGCUGGGCAGCUAUGCUGUUCAUUGAAUCUGUGCAGGGCAGGGCAUCACAGUGACCUCGUGUUCCCGCCAAGCUGGAUGCUUUCAUGGUUCCAAGUCACAGGCAGAAUUUGCACUUGGCUGCUGUGUGCAGAGGCCAGGAGAGCUGUGGCCCUGGGGGUGAGGCCAGUGUGUUGCACAGUACAGCCCUCAGCCCUCCCCUCACACCGUCAAGCCGCAUGACGGUUUCUGUGAAAAAAAUACUCAGUGUUUUUACUACACUUGUAAUUUUCCUGUUUUAUAUUUCAAAAGAAAACUUUUUUGACACUCUCAAGACCAUUCAGGGAAACUUUUUUAAAAAUGCAGAUAGACUGUUUUGAGUUGGUUAAAAAUGCAGAUUUAUUGAGUGCCGCUUCCUGUCAGGCGAGCAGUGCGUGGUCACAUCCGUCCGUGGCCGUGCUGUGCCUUAGCUUCACCUGGUGCCAGGGCUCAGAUGCCUGCAGCGUGCCAGCCACAGCUGCCCUACAGAGCCGUUAGGCGGGGCCUAACAGGCCACAUCACUUUGUGACAGGUCAGAAAGGGUCCCUCCUCCUCCAACCAGGAUGACUUAGGCAGCUGGCUGUGCUGCAGGUGUCGGCCAAGGCACGGAAUGGGUUUGGGGAAGGCCCACCCCACAGGAUUGGCGGCAGCAGCUCCGUCCUCUCUGGGACCUCAUCUGCAGGUGCCCCAUGUGCAGAGUUCCCAAGGCCCAGCCGGGGAGGGGCAGUCCCACACCUGUUCUGCGAAGAGGGCUGCGCGACUGUUGGUAGAACUCAGAACCCCCUCCACCCUGCCAGCUGGCUGCAGCCCAGGGCAACAGUCAAGGCAGCGCUGGUUAGAGCCUGUCCCAGCUGGGCCACCGGCAGGACCAUCAGCCUUUGUCCCCAAGUCAUCCUAUAUUCCUCAUCACGGAUUUGGACUCUGUACCCUACUGGAACUAUUCUGUAGAGACAAAGCUGUAUGUGCCACCUCAAUACCUCUGCCACCAGCUGCCACCAGGAACGCCCACUGCCCAGUCCUGGGCUGCAGCCACAUGGGAGCUCCAGGUGGAUGUAGGAAAGGGGCUGCCAGGCUGACCUUGCCGGGCCAGAGCUGGCACCGUGGCUGUAAAGGUGUAGACCUCUUAAUAAAUUGAGAAUUAUUAAUUUC